AUGCGCAUGCUACGCUGGUCUGCGGGUGUCACACUUCUAGACAAAAUCCGAAAUGAGUACAUCAGAGGAAGUUUUAAAGUUGCCCCAAUAGUCGAGAAGGUCAAAGAGAAACGCUUAAGGUGGUUCGGUCACAUUCAAAGGCGCCCAGACGAUAAUAUGGUGAAGCUUGCCCUAGACAUGGUAAUCACGAAGCGUAUGUGUGGAAGACCCCCCACCUGGUUGACGACGGGCGAAAAAGACAUGAAAGAAGCUCAUUUAAUAGCUGACAUGGCGCAAAACCUUGCCGAAUGGACAAAAAGGACAAGGAUGGCAGACCCCAAGUGA